AAAUGCUCACGAGCCUCCCCGUCCUCAUAUUUCGCCAGCUUCGGCCUUCCAAAGCAACCGAGCACCUCGAUCGAACCCUCCUCCUCCUCCUCCUCCUCCUCCUCCCUUCGAUACGUGGCCAUGGCUGGCGCCGACACUGCUUUCCUACUCGCUUUCCUCGCCUCGUCGGCAGCGUUCGCAGCCUCCCAGGACUCGUCCAUGCAGCAGAAGUGCGGGCAGGAGUUCACCAAGGUGACCUCCUGCCUGAACUACGCCACCGCCAAGGCCGACGCCCCCACGGCCGCUUGCUGCAGCGCCGUGACGGACAUCAGGAACACCGACGCGGCCUGCCUCUGCUUCAUCAUCCAGCAGACGCACUCCGGAUCGCCCGCCGUCAAAAGCCUCGGCCUGCAGUUCGAUAGACUCCUCCAGCUUCCGGACGCCUGCCAUCUUGUCAACUCCAGCGUCAGUAACUGCCCAAAGCUUCUGAAACUCUCUCCCAACUCGCCUGACUAUGCCAUUUUCACCAACUCCACAAAAGUUGCUUCCACUUCCAUAUCCAACGAAACUGCAACUGUGAGCAAUAGCAACACUCCGAAUGGGGUCAGGCGUCAGGUCGACUGUGUUAGUGUUGCUGUGAUCGGACUGGUUUCCACUAUCGUCUUCUCCAUUUUCUCAGUAGGAGCUUGAAGAAACUCCGGCGGAGUGGUUCACAUCUCAUUCUGUGCAAAACAAUGUCUGUAUGAAUGGAAGUCAAAGAAUGAGGAAUAAAUGUCUGGGACACUCUUCAAUUAUCUUCUUAACAUCAUA